ACAUCUUGGAGGUGGCAACUUCAAAACAGUUUAUAGGCUCUAUAAUUGCGUGUCUUUUUAGAGAUUGAAAUGUGUUGUUAGAGGAGAUAAACUACAUUUAUUAUUAAUCCAUGGUCCGCUGGAAUACGAAUUAGCAUUCUGAAAAAAAUCAGGGGUCGAUACAUUAAAGAAGUUGUAAAUCACUUGUAAGGGAUCAUUAAAUACGGUUCAAAUAAGAUUUUGAUAGAUGUAUUCAUGUAUAUAUAGCUUUUGAUAUUAUAAUUACAGUUGUUGAUAGAUUUUGGCCCUCUAAUCUUAUUCUGUUCCAUAGAGUAGAUGGACAAAAUGAAAGAUACAAAAAAAUAUAAACAAACACUGAGCUUUAAGGUAAACUAUAACAUUGGGAAGUCCAUAAAACCUGACAAAUAAAUCGCUCGACUCAACCAAUGAAACACUACAAAACAACUGUUAUAUAUAAUAUUGAAUACGUGGAAAUACGUUUUAGAAUUGAACAACAUGUUUUGAAAAAAAAAAUAACAUAAAAAAAGUAAAAGACAAAGUAGAGUGUAUACACCAAGCGGAUGUGGUUGAUCAGAAGAACUACUUUUACAAUCAAAAUAAUAGAAAGAGGUUUUUAUUUUUCCAAUUUAAAGUCCUUGAUUGAAAUUUACAAACUUUGGUAGUUAGCGUCAUCCGUAUUUUGUAUCUUCCGAUAUAGAUUUAAAGUUUACCACCCGUGUGUUUCCAACCAAAGCUCAUAUGUCACGCGUCACAAAGUUUUCAUAGUUAGGACCAGGAACAUAAAGAAAAUUUAAAAGUCAAAGGAAAUGAGGAAGCUAGGUUUAAGGGCAGCAAAAUCAAAGAAAAAUGAAAGGGAUAUUAAAGAUUUAUCGGAUGAAGAAUUGGAAAUAUAUAAAGAUAAGGACGCACAAACUGAAAAUUUUAGACAUGACAAAAUUCUUCCGGAUUUGGAAACUGAUAUGCCAAGUAGAGCAUGGAGAAGGAUGAGUGAAACACAAACUUUUAAAACAGUAGCCCCACUGAAUAUUCAUUCCCCAGUAAAACCUGAUUGUUUACGAUUUGUUUGUUUGUCUGAUACACACACUAAGCUCCAUGCAGACGAUAUGUCGAAUUUUUAUGUUCCUCCUGGAGAUAUCUUACUACACGCAGGAGAUUUCACAAACGAAGGGAGACUAUUUGAAAUCGAAAAGUUCAAUACAUUUCUGGGUAAUCUAUCUCAUAAAAAGAAGAUUGUAAUCGCAGGGAAUCAUGAGUUGUCUUUUGACAGAACUCUUUUUGCGGAAGAACACUGUUUUGAAGAGAGAAAUGAUGAAGUAAAUCAUUAUCUCAGAUCCAAAGGACUGAAAUCUGUUAGAGAACUAGUGACUAACGCUAUUUACUUACAAGAUUCAAUGGUUUCUGUUUGUGGAAUAAAUAUUUAUGGAUCUCCUUGGCAACCUAUGUAUCGUAAAUGGGCGUUCAAUGUUAAUCGUGGUGAAGAAAUAUUGCAGAAGUGGAACUGUAUACCGGAAAAUGUUGAUAUUCUCAUUACACAUGGACCACCUGUUGGUCACGGUGAUUUAACCAAGGAUGGGAUAAAUGUUGGUUGUGUUGAACUUUUGAACACAGUACAGAAACGUGUCAAACCAAAGUAUCAUUUAUUUGGUCACGUACAUGAAGGUUAUGGGCUAACAACAGAUGGAGAAACAUUAUUUAUCAACGCAUCCUCUUGUACCAAAGGAUAUAAACUGUGUAAUCCACCAAUAAUAUUUGAUGUGCCCUUGCCUCCCGGUCAGUCGAAAAACAGAUUACUUAAAUGUGUUAAAGUUGUGUCUUAUUCAAAAGAGGAAUCAUCUAGUAAAACAGUCGAAAACAUCAGCCAAAAUGACAUAGACAACAAGCAAUUGACCGUAAAACAUUUGAAAUCGACUUUUCGAUGUAGUGUAAUGUAGGCUGUUGCUUAGUUAAUUGGUCGAUCUUCGUUUUCUUGCCAUUGUGUUGUACUCCAUUAAGAACUCGUUGACUUUCAUACUAGAAAUUAAAUUUUCCAACAAGCCGUAUGACCUUAUUUCAAGUCACACGCAUUUCAAUAUGGGUCCAACAUGCGAGAAUCGGUGAUUAUGUUUCAUAGGUUUUAGAAGUAUAUUUAGUGAUAGUUUAUUGUUUAUUUAAAGUUCAUGGGUCGAAGAUGACUAUGCGGAAUAUCUUGCCUCUUUAAAAAUAUGUAUGUAGCUGUUUUGAACCCAUUUCAGAACACGGAGUCCUACAGCUCGUUUACAUUCAUAUAUUGAUUUUCAGUAAUGCAUCACACUGAAAAAAUAAUUUGGGUGCAAAAUUUGUUGAAAAAAGGUAGUCCCUUACCGCGAACAUCCGACUAAUACAGUCCCUGAUUAGUUUCAAAUCGACUCUAUUAGAGUGGUCUUGCAUUAUACAUUUGUAUUUUAACCAAUCUAUGUAUGAGAUUGGUGUUUCUUUUUUUUUGUUUGAUAUUUGGAAUAAAUAAUUUUUUCU